GCACAUACACAUGGCACUUGACCGAGGUGUUUACAUGGUGAAUAAGAAUAAGGAAAGACUGUCUUAAAAAUGCCUGAAAUAAUGACAGAUAAUAUGAUGUUUUUGCAAGAAUGGACUGAUAAACUCAAAAUAUACAAUUUACGUAUUAGUUAUGAAAAAGAGUGUAAUUUAAAUGAGAAAGUAAGGCUAUAGUUUGAAUCGUGUGUUUAUUUUCACACUAAUAAUUGUUUACUUUAGAGGCUGUGUGAUCCUGACCCAUUCCUUGGAGAGGGUUAAAGGAAUUGACGAAUGUGACAAUGUGUUGCGUAGUACAGUCAGUUGGGGCAACGGGGAUGUAGUGAUUUGUGUUCUGGCGGCGGAAGGAGAGACAGGCUACCAUAGAUUUAAUUUGAACCUGAAAUGGGGCAUGCUGCAUGAGAGGAGACGGAUGGCAGAUGCAAGGCUGUUAAAGGUUGUGAAUGGGUGAACUGCAGAGUAGGCUUAUAGAGUGUGUUCUACAGGGUAGGGGAAUACAGUGAAGGAAAGUUGCAUACGAUAUGUAGAGGGAAAGCACUUUUUUUCUUGUGAGGACAGUGGGAUUAGAAUGAGUUGUUACGAUGGUGAGGGCAUUUACAAGGAGUUAUAAGCGGGUGUAUUUUGUUUUGGAGAGAUGGGGGUGGGCAGUUAUGUUUCAUUUAAGCACUGCAAAAUCAUUAACAAAAUAAUUUAUUAUUAACAUCAUUGUACUCUGACUCAAAGGAGAAUUAUGUAGUAAAAGAUAACUUAAAAAAAAAAAUAUGGGUGUCUGACAUACCUACCUUCCAAGGCGAUCUGUGCAUCCACCCUUCUUCUUUUCCAAUAGGCUACUUUGUAGUCAUUUCACCCUUCUCCCUGCAUAACCACGUACCAUCCUGAGUUUCACAUUGAAUAGAAGUUCCUGGCCGAUGUUGCCAAGCAGGUGGCAAAUGGCGAGGACUGGCGAGACCUGAGUUGGACGGUCGGCCAUCACCUACUCUGUCUGUGCAACCACUUCUUGAGGCAGUCCGAGUCCUCGGAGAUUCAUGAUGAGCUGUGCUCGCUGCUGGAGGCAUGCAUUGCUGCUUGCGGUGACGUUGACGUCCAAGACAGGGCCAGGAUGUAUCUGUCGUUGCUGCACACAUUGUCUGGGAAGAAGCUGAAGGAGAUCCUGUGCGUCCCUGGGGCUGGCCUGGCCUCGCUGAUGAGCGAUGAGGCGGAGCUGCGGAUGGCGUCCCUGGCGAAGCACCUGAGAGAGCCCAUCCUCGCCCUGGCCAAGCAGUGCAGGGAGCCGCCCCCAGCCGAGAGUUGCGGCGGUGACGACGCGGGCCAGCCCACUUGGCCGGAAGACAUACUGAAGGCACACUAUGACCUAUUGUCACAUUUGAAGAAAGAGGCAGUUGAUAUCAAGUGCAUCGUCAGACGAACAAAGGACUCUUCUGCUGACAUCCAAGCUCUUGUGCUGUAUUUCAACGUGCCUGAGAACUGGGGGACAGUUGAGGACGCGAUGGUCGGUCAUCUCUCGAAGGAAGGAGACGGCGACACGGAGUUCAAAAUAUGCUGCCACCCUCGGAAACCUUUUCCUGUGAAAAUGGACGUCAGUGCCGAGUUCAGUGUAGAAAAUGUUUUCCACACUUGCCCUGUGCAUCCACUCGAUGUUCAACUGAACGACUUCUUCCAGCCUUUGCCAGUUCCAGUGGAUUACGCAAGCUGCAGGUCUCGUUGGUACCUCGCUGUGUUUGAGAAGCUCUGGGAGUCGUUGGCUGAGGAGGGCUACGCAGCCCCGUAUGUGGACAGAGAUCCUGGUAAAGUCCUCCGGAAAGUGGGAGACUAUAUCAUACGCUCCUCAAGUGGUGAGGAUCCUGACAUGUGGGCCAUGAUAUUCCUGCCACCAGAAAACCAUUUGCUGAUGAAAAUAAAACUGGAUGAGGACUCAGUUUUUGUAAAAAUAAGAACGGACAUAGUUUUGCUGCUGGCCUACUUCAAUGAAUUCUUGAAAAGAUGAUGUACAAAAUGGGGUGAGAAAAUGUGUAUUAUUUUCUUGUAUACUGUAAGUGCCUGAGUUACCAUUAUCAGAGCUUUAACAUAA